AUGGCGGGCCACGCCAACGCCGACGCCGUGAGGGACCAGGCGGCGCUCUGCAUGCUCCUCCUCCGCCACCUCGGAAGCCUCGACAAGGGAAUGCCCACCGCCAACCUCGCCAUCUCGCCGAUCUCCUUCCACGCCGUGCUCUCCCUCCUCGCCGCCGGCGCCUCGGGCGCCACGCGCGACCAGAUCGUCGCCUUCCUCGGCCCCGCAGGCGCCACGGCGCACGCCGAGCUCGCGUCGAAGGUCCGGUGCGCCACCGCCGUCUGGGACGACGCCCUAUUCCGCCUCAGUCCAGCAAAGGUCCGGUGCGCCACGGCCGUCUGGGCCGACGCCUCGCUGCGCCUCCGCCCAGACUUCGCCGACACCGCCGCCGCCGUCUACAAGGCCGAGGCGCGGUCGGCGAGCUUCAAGGACAACCCCACCACUGCGGCGGAGGAUAUCAACGCGUGGUUCAAGCGCAACACCGGCGGCCUUGUCAAGGACAUCGUCGGGAACGAGCCCGAGUUCGGCGACGGCGCCCUCACGGCGGCGACGCCGCUCGUCCUCGCCAACUCCGUCUUUUUCCACGGCUACUGGGUCACACCCUUCCUCCCGGACUCCACCGAGGAAGGCCCGUUCUACAUCGCCUCGCCGGAGCACGGCGCCGUUGUCCGCGUGCUGUUCAUGAGCGCCGCAGGGAAGUUCAUGCAGGUCGGCGUCCACCCCUGCUUCAAGGUCCUGCGCAUGCCCUACUGCGGCGGCGGUGACGACGGGGAACAGGAGUUCGCCACGUACAUCUACCUCCCCGACGACCGCGACGGGCUGCCGGCCAUGGCGCGGGCGCUCGGCGCCGGCGCCGGCGAGCUCCUGCGCAGCUCGGUCGUGCCUAAGGAGUCCGUGAUGGUGGGGGAGCUCAAGAUCCCCAAGUUCGAGGUGUCGCUGAGGGUGGAGGCAUCGCCGGUGCUGCGGUGCCUGGGGCUGGACCUUCCGUUCCGCUUCUCCGACGAGUCGUUCUCGGAGAUGGUGAGCCCGCCGGCGCCGCCGCUGGCCGUGACGUCCGUGGCCCACCAGUGCGUCGUCAAGAUCGACGAGAGCGGCACCGUCGCCGCCGCCGGCACCGUGGUGAUGGCGGUGGGUUUUGGCAUGCCUGUCGGUCGCCCUGUGUACUUCGUGGCGGAUCACCCCUUCGCCUUCUUCCUCAUGGAGGAUGUCAGUGGCGUGGUGGUGUUCGCAGGCCAUGUCGUCAACCCUUCGCUGCGCCACUGAUUACCAGCUCUGGUACCUGAAUAAUCUGCA